AUGACGUCAUUUUCGCCAAACCGCACUGUGACCGCCAUCUUGUCAGAAAUCUUGCUGGCAAAAGUUUUAUUUUUUUAUCUAGUCGACAAAAACGUCGAUUUGGUGCCGUUCCGUUGGUUAUCUGGCCACCCGGAGUUCGGCGCUACUUGCAUUGGAUUUUUUCAGAAAAUUUUCCCCCGGAAGAACUUCACCAUUCAAAAUCAACCUCAACCACUCUGGCAGCUGCCUAACGGCAUCCUCUCAGGAAUGCUCCUAGGCAUUACGGGAUGCUUCGAGAUGCUCGUCGGAUUCGGUGCUUCCACUCCCGUCACAGCAGCUUGGAUUUCAACUCAUGUUGUCUCGCCAUCGUCGUGCAGUCAACUCCUCCAGGAGAUGCCACCAAAGCCGCCAUGAGUGAAAAGUUGCAGAAUCCUUGAAGAAUCAUCCGAAGUGAAGGGAUUGGUAGAAAACCCAGGUGUG